UGGCGAGAACUAAUUUAGUGGCGCUGACCGCGCAGCCGAUUGGCGCGGACGCGCAAUUAUCGUUUGAGUUUUACGCCUUUGUUGAUAGUGUUGGUCGUUGCGGUGAUUAUGAUUUUAUAUUACGAUCGACACUUAGUUAGUAAUAUGUUUGGUUCGAAAUGGCUUUGUUCAGUUUCGAUCCUUUAUUUCGCAUAACCUGUUCACCCCCUCUCUUUAUGAUUGCCAACUGUUUUGGGUCGUAAGGACGAAGAGGUGUCGAGUCACCUCUAGAGCUCUUCCGUUCUUGACCUUGGCCGAGAUAGUGCCAUGUGUUUUUCUGUUGUGUGUGUGGGGGAAUAAACCGCAAGUGAGGCGGACGCAGGUUUGUCCAAACCUCCCCCACCCCGAGGGCACAACAAGUGGCGACGAGGCGUAAGUUUUUACGCGGCCGUGAUAACUGUCGGCCAUGGAUUUUUCGGUGGCCCCUGCGCCGUUUUUGCCGGCGGCCGGCGCCGAGCCCGGUACGGCCUGGCCGCGGUGGAUAAGGAUGUUCGAUAACUUCCUGGUGGCCGUGGGCGGCGGCUCAUUUUCAGCUGCGCGCAAGGAGGCCAUCCUUCUCACGUGCCUGGGGGCGGAGGGGCAGCGAAUUUUCGAGUCCCUCCCAGCUGCUGUCAAGCAGGAAGGCGAGGACCAGUACGCCUUCACCAGGCGGCGCCUGGAGGCCCAGUUCGCUCCUCGCCAGAACGUGUGUGUGGAGCGUUACCGUUUCAGGAGCCGGGUGCAGCAAACUGAGGAAACAGUCCAGCAGUGGGUGUCGAUACUGCGCCAGCUGGCCAGCUCCUGUGAAUAUGGUGACAGAACCGACGAGUUCAUAAGGGACCAGGUCAUCGAGCGUACUAACUCUUCCAAGUUGCGACAGCGACUUCUUAUGGAGGGCUCUGACCUGACUUUGGAGCGCACCCUCACCAUCAGUGACACACUUGAGUCGGCUGAACGUGAGGCUCGGGUGAUGGAGACACCAGCUGCUCCAGUCCCUGUUCAGGCUGUCCAGCAGCAGCAGCAGCAGCGUCGGCGGCCUCAGCGUGGUGGGGCCAGGACCCGUGCUGCUGGUCGGGUCUCCACUCAUCAGCAACAGCCUCAGCAGCAGAGGCCGGCAGGGAGUAGCAGUAGCCUGUGCUGGGGGUGCGGGCGUGCUGGACACAGGCGAGGGGACCAGUGUUGCCCUGCUGUCAAUGUGAAGUGCUCCAAAUGUGGGAAAGUGAAUCACUUUGCCCAGCACUGUGUCCAGAAGCGAGUGGUGUCCAGUGUUCAAGUGCUGGCAAUCGGGGCAUCACCAAUGACUCUGACAGCCCAGGUGGAGGGGAGGGAGGUCGUGUUCACGGUAGACUCUGGCUCCCCAGUGUCCCUCCUCCCCAGACACCUGGCACCUGGGGCCCUUGAGCCAGCAGCAGAGCGCCUGUGCUCAUAUGGGGGGAGUGUGUUAGAUGUGUUAGGGGUAAAAAGUGUAAAUGUGUCAUGCAGGGGGGAGUGUCAUGAUGUAACUGUGUAUGUUGUGCCGCAUGGUCGUGCUCUGAUGGGCCUGGACAUGAUGAAACUGUUCAAAGUGUGCAUCAUUGGUGACAGUGUAUGCUCUGUGUCCACAGACCCGUCCUGUCACGCCAGCCCAGUCCCUUCGCCCGUCGGGCCAGCCGAACCUGCCAGCCCUCACGCCGGUCAACCUGCCUCACCGUCCGAACCUGCCUCUCCGACUGGACCUGCUUCUCCGUCAGGAGAGCAGCCAGCCGUCCUGGGCUACCAACACCGGGUGACCAUCGACCCAGGGGUGGCGCCAGUGCGCCAGCCCCUGCGGAGGCUGCCCUUGGCAGUGCUGGACGAGGUUGUUGAUAUAUACAUAGAGAUAGACACUUAUAUUCUACAUCAAGUGUAAACAAAAAAGCUUGCAAAGAUGAUGGCCAGUCUACUUGGAUCGAAGGUGGAGGAGAAACAGCAUGAGCCUGAGAAGCCCAUUGACAGAGAAAAGACCUGCCCGCUGCUUCUGCGGGUGUUUUGUAACACCGGCCGGCACCACUCGCUGGCCGAGUACUCGCGCGGACAGGUGCCGGCCAACGAGCUGCAAAUCUACACAUGGAUGGACGCGACGCUGAAGGAGCUCACCUCGCUGGUCAAAGAGGUCAACCCGGAGGCGCGCCGCAAGGGCACCUUCUUCGACUUCGCCCAGGUGUACCCGGAGGUGGGCGGCAGGAUGGGCGGCGUCGGAUUCCGCAUGCGCGAGAUCGGCUCCACCUGCUCCGGCCAGAAGGGCGCUGAUGACGCCAAGACGUUAGCGUCGGUCCGGUUCACGAUCGGAGACUACAUGGACAUCGCCAUCACCCCGCCCAAUAUGCGCGGCGGCGGCCCGAUGAUGCGGCGAAUGCGCCCCUUCUAGACCCGUGGCGAGUGACGCCGCCCUGGUGGUCGACUCAGCAGCUGUGAGGCUCGCGGUGAGCGGCGCAGAAUACCGCUCGGUCGGGGACCAGGUCCAGGGAGGUGACGCCGCGUCGGACUCGGCCUCAACAGGAGUGCGGUACACAACACUGCCCUGGGCGAGCACCGCCCGGUCCAGUCAGGGACGCCCGGCGUUUUACCGCCGACAGUGUGUGUGGGGUUGGGGAAGACGCUCUUGAGGGAGCAAGAUGCCCGCUCUUUGUACAUGUGAACUAUGUGCAUCAUCAUCAUCCAUGUGUGUAUGGAAUUGGCCGACACCCGUGCCCCGUUUUAGUUCAGAAACUUGUGUUUACGUUCGAUCGUAUCUCGCCGUUGGACUGGAUGUGUAUGACGGCUGGACAAGUCCGGCGUUUGGUUCUCAGAGGUCAAAGUGCCGGCGGAGAUAUCGCCUCAUUGCAGACAUGGAGCGCUCCCAAAUAUACGGGCUACGCCGA